CUACGGAGCAGAGCCGAGGCUGGGCCCGGGCCGCGGACGGGAUAGGAGGCCGGCGGGCCCGCUCGCUCUGCGGGUGGAUGCGGCGGCGGCGGCGGCGAUGGACGCCCUAGAGGAAGAGAGCUUCGCGCUGUCCUUCUCUUCCGCCUCUGAUGCAGAAUUUGAUGCUGUAGUUGGAUAUUUAGAGGACAUUAUCAUGGAUGAUGAGUUCCAGUUAUUACAGAGAAAUUUCAUGGACAAGUACUAUCAGGAGUUUGAAGACACAGAAGAGAAUAAACUCACCUACACACCUAUUUUUAACGAAUAUAUUUCUCUGGUGGAAAAGUAUAUUGAAGAACAGCUGCUGGAGCGGAUUCCUGGAUUUAACAUGGCGGCUUUCACCACGACUUUACAGCACCAUAAAGAUGAAGUGGCUGGUGACAUAUUUGACAUGCUGCUCACGUUUACAGAUUUUCUGGCAUUUAAAGAAAUGUUUCUGGACUACAGAGCAGAAAAAGAAGGCCGGGGACUGGACUUAAGCAGUGGUUUAGUGGUGACUUCAUUGUGCAAAUCCUCUUCUGUGCCAGCUUCCCAGAAUGACCUGCGACCCUAGGUCCCACCACCAAGCAAUGGGAUCUUUCUGGAUGUUGCCAGCCCAGUAGAUGGAAGAGGCUCUGGCUAAUGUGACAGAAUACAUGUUAGAAAGACUGACUGCUCUGCAACUCCUCAUUAAUGUUAAGUAUUGAUGGGUCAAGACAAUGGUCUGACCCUCCUGAGACCCUGAAGCACCUUCUCGUGUUCAGUAAUCCUAGCACUCCUCCCCAGGCAGACCCCUCUCAGGCCUCUGCAUGAGGCUCCGGCUCCCGAGCUUGGCAUUGCCCUGGGGCCACUUGCCCGCAUAUGUGUUGAUAGGUCACCUCCAGGCCUCUUUGGCUCAACAGGCUCUGCAUGUCCUCCAGGCUUUUUGUGUUGCUCACAGCCCUCUGUAUUCAUCACUCUCAGAUCUGCAGCCUCAGUGGGCUUUUUGCCUGUGGGAGAACAUAUCUCUAGGCUCUUAGUCAAGCCAGCUGCCUGCCCAGCUGAGCUCUCUGCAGCUCUUCCCAUUCCAGCUAGUUUGGGCUGUAGGAAUCAACUGAGAGGUGUCCCUUACCUGAAGCUACAUGUGGAAAUCAUUUCCUUGUCUUAAACUUGGCAGUCCUUGCAUCACUGUCUUCUGUGGUCCUGAUGUGGUCUGUUUCUAGAAUUCUCUUAAGCAUUUUUAGAAAAAUAUUUUUAUAGAAAAAUACUCAGGCUAACCUAGUGGAUAUAAUCUUGGAGCUUCCAGAUUACCCACUUAAAGAUCAAAGUAUUAUAUGCUGUGUGCUUUUUAGCUGUUAGUGCUAUGAAAGCAAAAAUGCUUUCUGCGUUGGCCUUCCUGGUCUACUGGGCACCAACGAGCAUGUGCUUAAUACUGUGGAAGUAGGCUCAAAGGUCUCCCCUUCUAAUAGCAUGUUAAGUGUUUGUACAGGUUUGCUAAAACCCUUUCUAUAUAAAUAAGUUUAUUAGGUUCUUUGUUGGGGUAGGGUCUCUAGUUCCUUCCUCCUGUCAAAAUCUCCCUACCAAGAUGGUGUUCCACUGAGCGAGCUCAGCGCAAGUAGGAGAGAGCAGACAACUUCACUGGUCACAUGUAUGCUUUGAUUUAGCACAAUGUUUCAUAGAAAGUACUGACCAGGAAACACAGGUGUCACAUCUCUAGAAAGAAAGAAUGUAGUAUUUCAAUUCCCCGUGUGUACCUUCUGUGUUUUUUGUAAGUAAGACUCUAUACUGAUCUCAGUCCCCCAUUCUGGUUUUCAAGUAUGAGCUAUAUAGACUAUGUGUUUUUCUGUACUGAUGUGUGAUGCUUAUUAAAUACUUUUGUACCAUGAGUAAACUUGGAGGUAUGUUGCAAGAA